AUGUCAAACCCAGAGAGCAUUGAUCAGUUUAAUACAUCCGUGAAGAGAAGUAGUGAUAGACUUCGUGGAGGAUCUGCGACCCCACAAGAUUCCCAAUCAGCCGAAUUACCAAGUGAUACCAUCUCGGCUACCGAUGCAAAUGCCGACAAGUUGAGCGCAGGACAAGGUCGAAAGGGGAAGAGUGCCGCCGCUAAGAAAGGUCCAGCAAACGCAGGGAAUCAAGCGGCUUUACCCGGAUCUCAGUUGCCUGGUCAGAACCCUCACUCAUCGUCCGCUCCCGCUACCGCAUUGACCGGUGAUGCCCCUCCGACUAAUGGGAAUGGUACCACGGCAACUUCCGUCUCUGGAACCCAAGUCACGUCCAUCCCUGCGACGGAGAGACCUCCUACUACUAAGGCCGUCACAGUGCCUGUGCCUGGCAGUAUUGCUAGUUCGACACUACUGAUUGCGAAAGAGGUGAUUAAUGCGAACAAGGUUAAAGACGCUCAGUUACCACCAACUGCCGAACAAGCUGCAGCAAUUGUGGAGAGAGCCAGUGGUGUCCUGUCGCGGAUAGAUGAAUGCUUGCCGGAAGCCAUCAAGUCCUGGUUGAACUCGAAAGGAUUUGCCUUGGUCACAAUGGCCCCUGGAGGAUCUAGUACCGGAGUGGGUGGAGUUAACGCCUUAGAUACACCUGUCGAAAGUUGUAGCACCCUUGCUCCGUCGAACGCUGCUGGCCUUCCUGCCUCCGGACAUUCCGCGACUCCUCGAUCUUGUGAUGAUAGGAACGGUAUCACGCCUAAACCAUCUUCUACCUCAUCAGUGAAGCGCGCCCUCGAGUGGCCUGGAGAUGUUGAGGAGACUCAUGCCCAGGUCGAAGUCAAUACUACGCUCACUACAGACGCCCCGAAUUUAGGAACCAUGCUUUCCGAGGCCGUCGGGGCAGCUGGAACGGGAAUCAAGGUGCUAGAGAUUGCAGCCCCAACCGUCGAAGAUUUAACGGAAAUGGUGAGACUUACCGUCGUGAGGAGAGACGUGGCCGUGGUGAUGACCGUGAUGGUGCGGGCCCUGCGGGGAAGGCAAACGCGUAGUAAUGCAGUCGCGUCCCUUUGGAGUUAG